AUGCCUUCACAGUCUAAGGAACAAAAAGAACUAAUGCUAAAAGAAAAGGCAGAAAUAGGACGGUCUACGUGGCGUCUACUGCAUGGAAUUGCAAGAAGAUAUCCAGACAGCCCAACGCGACAAGAGAAGCAGGCAGUUCAUGAUCUUCUGGGGUCUUUGCAUAUUAUCUACCCGUGUAAGCCCUGCGCAUCAGCAUUUUCUCUGUUUAAAAACAGUCCUAUACUAGAUACCACAAGUAGAUCCUCCCUUAUAUUUUCAAUGUGCACAUUUCAUAACUUUGUGAAUAUUAAACUUGGCAAGCCAUUGACUGACUGCUCUGUAUACACUGCUGCACAGCUGAGCCCACUUGCCAGAAGUUCGCCUCCUGGGAUAAUUAAAAGGCUACACGAUGCAGCACUUUCAAUCAUACAAAAUAUUAAAAUGUCUUAUAGAUAA